AUGUCUGGCCUUCAAGCACUCUACCAAGAUCUUGCUGGUAGUCUGGCAGCCCACCCCGAGGCCGCUAAACAUACAAAGACGAUGGUUCAGCAUAACGAAGUCACGGAAUCUCUCACAACACCCGACAAAUAUCCUUUACGGGAUGUCCAUGCACAGGCUCUUCAGAAAAAAGGUCAGACCAUGUUCAAUCCCCCGCGAGAUUCCGCUCAGAGCUCCUUCCUCGACGAUAAGGAACUAAAACGCUAUGGUUACGUAUAUGAAGUAUUCUUCCCUUCAACAGAGCCUUUCUUCAUUACCAUGCAAGACGUCCUAAAAGCCAUCGGCCUGCAGUGGAAAUUCUUCGAUGAGACCGGCUUCAAUAGUAGUGUUGAGCACGAGCAUUGCAAACGCUACGAUUUCGAGAGCAUGGUGUAUCCACCUACCGGGGCGCGUUUCUGCCAGGUUAUCAAUCAUGUUCAGGGCACUAUUGUGGCUUACGAUAACAUCUCACCGAUGGAGGCGCUUAAAGAGUCUGGUAAUUAUGACGCACAAGUUCCGAUGAUUAAAUACUGGUCUGACAUCGCAUUUCUUCAGUGGGACUUGAUGAAAAAACAGAAUGCCGAUUCGGAUUUGAGGUAUAUUCUGCGGUACAAUGUAGUCAACAAUUUGACCAACUCCAUGGUAGACACCAUCAACCUUGAAAAUGGUACUGAGACGAAAGCGUGGCCAGGUACAUCAUAUGAUGCUACCUCCAAAGAGGGUCAGGCGCUGCUUGGUACGCCAAAUGGGAGCAGUGUUGCGUAUCUGUUGAUCCAACACAAGAACCAGCUCGGCCACAAGACUGUUGAGAAGAUCACAGUCUUUCAACACCGCAGGCUUCUGAUGAUGCUCUUCUACAUCAAGAAUGUGGAGGCGUGA